AUGGCCGAAUUCGUACGCGCCCAGAUCUUCGGCACCACAUUCGAGAUCACCUCGAGAUACUCCGAUCUCCAGCCUGUUGGUAUGGGAGCUUUUGGUCUCGUUUGCUCUGCCCGGGAUCAACUCACCAACCAAAAUGUCGCCGUCAAGAAGAUCAUGAAGCCUUUCAGCACACCUGUCCUCGCCAAGCGCACAUACCGUGAGCUCAAGCUACUCAAGCAUCUGAGGCACGAAAACGUUAUUUCCCUCAGCGAUAUCUUUAUUUCUCCCCUGGAAGAUAUCUAUUUUGUCACAGAGCUCCUCGGUACCGAUCUUCACCGAUUAUUGACCUCGCGCCCUCUUGAGAAGCAGUUCAUCCAGUACUUCCUGUACCAAAUUAUGCGUGGUCUCAAGUACGUGCACUCGGCCGGCGUUGUUCACCGCGAUCUCAAGCCCAGCAACAUCCUCGUCAACGAAAACUGCGAUCUUAAGAUUUGCGACUUUGGUCUUGCACGAAUCCAGGACCCUCAGAUGACCGGUUAUGUCUCUACACGAUACUACCGAGCCCCCGAGAUUAUGCUCACUUGGCAAAAAUAUGAUAUUGAAGUUGAUAUCUGGAGUGCUGGCUGCAUCUUUGCUGAGAUGCUCGAGGGCAAGCCUCUGUUCCCCGGAAAGGAUCACGUCAACCAAUUCUCCAUCAUCACUGAGCUUUUGGGCACCCCCCCUGAUGAUGUUAUCAACACCAUUGCUAGCGAGAACACUCUCCGGUUCGUCAAGUCGCUACCUAAGCGUGAGCGACAACCUCUUCGCAACAAGUUCAAGAAUGCGGAUGACUCGGCUAUUGACCUUCUCGAACGCAUGCUUGUCUUUGACCCCAAGAAGCGCAUAACUGCUACUGAGGCCCUUGCUCACGACUACCUUUCUCCCUACCACGACCCCACAGAUGAGCCUGUGGCCGAGGAGAAGUUCGACUGGAGCUUCAACGACGCUGACCUGCCCGUUGAUACAUGGAAGAUCAUGAUGUACUCGGAAAUACUUGACUACCAUAAUGUUGAGGCCGGUGUUACCAACAUGGAGGAUCAAUUCAACGGACAAUAG